UGGGUGCUGCCCCCAGGUGCUGCUCUUCCUCUUCUUCUCCUUCGCCGGGCUCUACCUCACGCUGCACGUAUCCGUGGGGCUGGACCAGGAGAUCGCUAUGCCUGAGGACUCGUACAUGCUGCAGUACUUCUCCGACAUGAACCAGUACCUGCCCGUGGGGGUGCCCACCUACUUCGUCACCACCAGUGGCUACAACUUCUCCUCGCCCGAGGGCACCAACGGCAUCUGCUCCAGCGCCGGCUGCGACGACAACUCGCUGACGCAGAUGAUCCAGUACGCCACGCGCUUCCCCAACGUGUCCUACCUCGCCAUCCCCGCCACCUCCUGGGUGGACGAUUUCCUCGACUGGCUCAACCCCACCGGCCGCUGCUGCCGCAUCCACCGCUUCGGGAACCUCACCGGGCAGUUUUGCCCUUCCACCAGCAGUGAGUGGGCACUGGUGAUCCCUGGGGGGGCUGGGGGGGACGUCGGGGGGAGCCCUGCGGUGCCU